GAAGGACGAGUACAUAGUCUCACUCACUCACUCGAUCCCGAAUAGCAGCUCGAGCUCGGCCAAAAGGACGAGCAGUCACGGCUCUUGCAGUUACGUGAGCGAGAGGAGUUGUCCGUCUGCCUGUGGUGUCGCUAAUCACUAGCAUUAGAGUAACUCGAGCUGAGAGAGUUACGACAUCAAUUCGUUGUUGGUGUUGUUGUAGAGGCAGGGGGUGGAGGAGGAAGGGAAGUCAUAUUCUAGCUCGCUGGCUGGAUCGAUCGGGCGCUAGUCAAGUACUGGUCCGAGGUGGAGAUGAUCAUUACAGAGCUGGUUUCACACGCCCGGGACAGGAGAAGUACACAGGUGGGUGGAGGGGAGGGAGAGCGGGGGAGGGAGGGAAGCGAGAGGAGAGGAGAGGAGGAGGAGGACUAGGCCUUUUAGCAGCACGCGCCAGCCACGGACGGAGUGGUGGGGAGGGUGGAGGGUGGAGGGUGGUUUUGUCGUCGCGAGGGGUCGCCCUGUCACGCGUCGAAUUGCUGUGUGCGAGUAAUAUAUUACAGUGUCUGAACCGCGAAACGAAGGCCUGAAGAAGGUGCAGUCGCUUGCUUGCAGUCGAGCUGCGGGCUCAUUCGAACGCAGCAGCAGCGUCCGUGUAGAUAGAUAACUCGCUCCCUCGCUGCUCGAUCAUCUCUCCUCCUCGUUGGCGCACGAGAGCCGCAAAGGUUCCCGUACCGCCAUUGAGAGUUCGCAGUGGAGCGAGCGAGCGCGCGCGAGGGCGAGAGAGAGAGAGAGAGAGAGAGAGAGAGAGAGAGAGAGAGGAGGCAGAAGCGCGGGAGAUGGUGGUGAAUGCCGGGCUUCAGGUCUAGGAGUGGAGGGAAGACGACGACGACGUCGACUGAACAGGAGCAGCAGCUCAUUCCCUCACAGAGACAGACAAACAGACAGACAGACAGACAGAGAGCGAGCGAGCGAUAGCGACAGACGAGGCCGUCGAAGGAAAGCGACAGCUUCAUCACCCACGAGAGCUGCAGGGGCCCGGAUGGCGUGAGGAAACGCAGGGCCUGGAGAAUUGAACGUGCCAGAGUCGGAGGAGGGCGCAUGUGCUGAGACAGCGGAGCGAGGCGAGACGACCUCGGCCCACAUUGCGCUCUGGGAAAGGGUAGUUCGAUCGUCUGCUGCCAGGGAACGAUCUCGAUCCCUUAUGGGAGGACCGCAUUGCGCACUCUAGCGGCAGAGCGCGCUUAUGUAAUCCACACUCGCCGCGCAGGACCAGGAAGAGCGGGAGCGAAGGAGGCGAAGGAGGAGGAGGAGGAGGAGAAGGAGGCGAGGCGAGACGAUUGUUAGAAAACGGUUCGGGAGCGCCCGACGCGUCAUCGUCUCGGUGAAGAUGUUGUCGAUUCACGCGUACGUGUAUUUCAGCCUGAUGGGGAUUUUGAUCCUGCUCUCGUGUUGGACGAGCUUGGAGGUGCAAGCAAGAACGCAAAGAACGCGGCAGCUGCGCCUGCACAGCGCAGCGGAGAGCGGCAGCAAGGACGAGUGCGAGGGGCGGCGGAUUUUCAUGUACGAUCUGCCGGGCGAGUUCAACGUCGAGCUCGUGCAGAAGUGCAGGUAUGGCGUGACGAGCUGGUUGAAUUUCUGCCCACACGCCGAGAACGGCGGCCUCGGCCAGCUGCAUGGCGCCUGGUCGAGCAAUGCGCCGAGCAGCUACCAGGUCGAGCAGCCGCUGGAGGCGACAACGGGCCUGGCGCCUGCGGGGGGCGGCGGCGCCGGCGAGUCGGGGUGGCUCGGCUCGGGCUGGUACAAGACGGACCCGUACAUGCUCGAGAUCGUAUUCCACUCGCGCAUGCAGAAAUACUCGUGUUUGACAUCGGACGCGGCGCGAGCAGAUGCGUUCUACUUUCCUUAUUAUGUCGGGGUCGAUGCGCUGCGGUAUCUGUACAACAGCAGCAUUCAGAAGGAUUCGCACGGCGAGGCGCUGGUGGAGUGGAUCAAGGAGAACGCGCAGCAGGAGUGGGAGCGGCAUGGCGGCAAGGACCACUUCAUGGUGCUGGGGCGCACGUCGUGGGAUUUCUACCUGCUGGGCAACGAGACGCACACGCAGUGGGGCACGGGGCUGUUCCAAUUGCCGCACCUGACCAACAUGACGGCGCUGAUCAUGGAGAAGAAGCCGUGGAUGAAGCACGAGUGGGCCAUUCCUUACCUGACCUCGUUCCACCCGAGCGCGGCCGAGCUCGAGGCCUGGGUGGCGCGCGUGCGCGCCUCGAGGCGCUCGUCGCUCUUCUCGUUCGCUGGCGCCUCGCGCUCCAACAUCCCGCAGAGCAUCCGCAAUUAUCUGCUCGAUCAGUGCUCGGAAUCGGGAAAUUGCACGCUGAUCAACUGCGCCAUUCUCAAGUGCAGCCACAACCCAGAGCCGAUCAUGAAGGCCUUCCUGCACUCGUCCUUCUGCCUGCAGCCGCGCGGCGACACGCCCACUCGCCGAUCGGCCUUCGAUUCCAUGAUCGCUGGCUGCAUUCCCGUCUUCUUCCACAACGACUCGGCCUACUCGCAGUACAUGUGGCAUCUGCCGGGCGAGCCCGCUACCUACUCGGUCUUCAUCUCCGAGCACGACAUCCGCAGCGGCCUCGUGGUCGAGGACGUGCUGAGUUCUUUCUCGCUCGAGCAGGUGCUCAGCAUGCGCGAGACGGUGAUCUCCUUCAUCCCCCGGCUCAUCUACGCCAGCAACAACGGCGAAUUCGAGGAUGCUUUCGAGGUGAGCGUGCGGAAUGUGCUGUCGAGGAUCUCGAAGCUCAAGCGAGGGUUCAUCUGAUCGGAUCGUAUCGGAUCGGAGGGCCUUCCCGCCCGAGCUCGUUUCCUCGACCGAUUGAGAUUCGUUCAGCAUUCAUUGCCUGAACUUGUCAGCAGCAGCAGCAGCAGAGGGUAUGUGUAUACUAGAAGACAGAUUCAAGGGUCGCGGUGCCUCUCCAUCUCUGUAAUUUAAUGGUUUUUGUUCGGGAGGCCGCGGUCCUUUUAUGAAGAUUUAGCUGAGUUAGUUAUUAUUCUUGAAAUUCUUUGAAUCGAGACGAGAACAAGAGAGGAGGAGGCACACAAGACAGUCCGGGAGACAGAGCUAUUUUUACAGCGCCAUCGAUCCCCGGCAGCGAGUGGCUUCAGUGACGACGACGGGGCGGAGGCAGGCAUCGGCUUCGGAGAUUCCACGGAUCCUCGUCCGCAAAGGUGCUCAAGCUCGAGCUUCAUCGGACCUCUGGCAUUUUCACUGCGCAGCUUUCAUACAGCUUCUUCUCGUCUCGUCUAUUAUUUGUCUCGUUUCCCAGACGAGGAGCUAUUCUGCACGAGAGACGUGUUCUGACUAGGUACAGCAUCGUUUGGCAGGCAAGAAGCUCUUCCCUCUAUGGCCAAACUGUUACGAGGAGGCCGGCGCCAGGGGAAGCUCUUCCUCCCGCGUUUCUUGAGAGAUCAGACCCCGCCCGAACGAACGAACGAGCAAGCAGCAGCGUCCCUCUGUUAGCAAUUCUUGCUUUUUUGAUCGAUGACGGAGUGAGAUCUGUCCGUAGAAGAACGUCCCCUAUGCAGGCGCUGCGGACGAUUGCCCGGGCUGGUGGUGGUUACUAAAGAGUGGAAAGCCAUUUUUGCCUUCUUCCUGGAAUUAGGUGCAUUGGAUUAGAAUAGCAAUUCUACAGUAGAGACUUUUGGUUGAGUAUUUUAAUUCUUCGAAUUUCUCCAGCAGUGAACAAUAUUUGUUCAACAGUUCAUGUUAUGCAUCGUCAAGCAAUGCGAUGUUUUCGCACUUGUACGUGUGCUGUGUAAUUAUCUGUACUUAAUAUGAUCAUAUCAACUCCGUAGACGU